UCUCAGUUCCGUGACGGCUGCCCGAGCGAUCGGUUGUUCCAGCUCUCUGUAUUUGGUAUCUUGGCAUUUCAAUUGUUGCGUCGUUGUCGCUGUCGUUGUCGUUUUUCGUGUAUCUUCGUGUAUUUUGAUAUUUUGUUCGCUUUGAUCGAAGCAGACGUCAUCGCCAGAGACGGACGUGUUGUUGUUGUUGCUGCUACUCGAUUGAUUUGUUGCAAAUAACAACAAAAGAAAAUAAAGUGAGAAUUCCAAAUUCGAAUAUCAGUGCGAGAACGUGUAUCUAAAAGUACGUGCUUGUUAACAUAACCAACAACUUCGCUUUGCACAAUGUCGAAGAGCCUGCGCCCUCUUAAGAUAACCAUCGUUGGCGAUGGCAUGGUGGGCAAGACCUGUCUGCUGAUCACAUACACACAAAACGAAUUUCCCGAAGAGUAUAUACCAACUGUGUUCGAUAACCAUGCCUGCAACAUAAUGGUCGAUGAUAACGAAUACAAUCUAACUCUCUGGGACACUGCUGGGCAGGAGGAUUAUGAAAGGCUGCGUCCCUUGAGCUAUCCCAAUACGAACUGCUUCCUGUUGUGCUAUUCGAUCAGCAGUCGCACCUCAUUCGAGAACAUCAAGAGCAAAUGGUGUCCGGAGAUCCGUCACUUCAGCAACAGUACGCCCGUGGUGCUGGUGGGAACGAAGCUUGAUUUGCGUAUACCAAAUUCAGAGAAGUUUGUGACCACAAACGAGGGACGCAGACUGCGCAAAGAGAUCCAUGCACACAGUUUGGUCGAAUGCUCGGCGAAGAAGAAGAUCAACUUGCAUCAGGUGUUCGAGGAGGCGGUGCGAGCGGUGGAGAGGAAGCCAAAAUCAAAGCCGCAAACGUGCAAAAUAUUGUAAUUAAGUCGUAUGCUUAAUAUCUUUAAUAUUGUUAUUAUACGUAAUUGUAUUAUAUAACUAUGCUACCAUAUAUAUAUAUACAUACGUAUAUAGUAUAUACUGUAUGCAAACAUAUGUAUGUAAAUGUCUGAUUUUGGGCGUUGGAUUCGCUUGUUUCACUGAGUGUAGAAAAUGUAACGAUAAGUUGUAAUAUUAAGUUUUUAAGUUGUGUGAAAUCAGUUUUGUAUGCCACAACAAAGUGCAUUUUUUUGUUUGUUUAUUUACAAAUCGAAACACAUUAUGUAAUUCUUUGAAUUUAAAUGCAACAAAAAAAGUAAUAUAAUAGACAUGUAUAAAUAUUAAAGCCAAACCAAACAAAAA